GUGACGAUUCAUACACAUAAUUAAGCAACAAUUUCAUUACGUAUUAUUUCAUGCGCAUUCGUAUAUUUUCGUUCCAUUUUUUAAAUUACACCGUUCAUAAUGAAUAUUUACAUGCAGAUGAUUAUCAGAUCGUUAAACUUCUCAAUGAUGCUGGGAUUGGGGUGUCCAUAAAUCAAUUUCCAUCGACAAUCGAUAUAUCCAGAUUUUUGCACAGUAUUUAUUGGAAUUUAGGUAUAUUCUUGGACCUACAAUGCUCAAUCGCGGACAAAGAUGUAAUGGAACUUUUCUACGAGACCUCGACCCAUUACAUGUUUGAUCAUUUGCAUCAAUGGUUGAUCCUGGGAGAAAAUAUGAGCCAUACUAUCAACUUAUUAAACGACAGUACAUUUAGUAUCAUCACAGAUAUCGCGAUUGCUAUACCAAGGGAUGAUGAGUACAUUUUAUAUGACGUAUAUAAUCAUUGCAAAUCUUGCGGUGGUUUGUUAAAUGUUACGGAACUUGGUACCUGGACUAAGAACGAUGGAUUACAGAUUACUCUGCGGCCAAAUAAAUUUUCCAGAAGAUGGAAUUAUCAUAGGAUGAAGAUCAAGAUUGCUGGUGUUGUAACAGCUAAACCUAAGGAUCAAGAUUUGGUGGAAUAUCUACGAGAAAAGAAUGCUAUACGCACGGACAAUUGGUCUAAGUUUGGAUUUGCUAUCAUGGAACACGUUCGAGAUCAAUUCAAUUUCACCUUUGAGGUGAUAAAGCUGGAUCAUUGGAACAAAAAUGAUAGCAAUUUUGGACCAUUGAUAGCUGGCCUUCGUGAUCAUAUCUAUCAUAUGGGAUAUUUUCCAUCGAUUUUGACUGUCGAAAGACUCAAUUAUGUAAAUGUAAUUACGCAAGUUUGGCCCGCAAGAACCUGCUUUAUGUUUCUUACUGUACCUUCGUCAAAAGUGGACAUGAACUUAAUCUUUAGACCAUUCUCACGAAAUGUUUGGUACAUGAUCCUUUUAUUAAUAAUCGUUACAAUUUUUGCUAUGUGGACAAUUUUUAAACUCGAAAAAGAUGCUGUUUACUCUGAUUAUGGGUCCACAAUUCUCAUUAUUGUCGCUGCAUUAAGUCAACAGGGAUUACCAUUUAUUAACAAUCAAUCUUCUAGUCGUGUUGCUUUUUUCCACACAAUGAUCUUUGGUCUACUUGUAUAUAACUAUUACUCAGCAGCAAUAGUAUCCAGCCGGCUGAAUGCACCAUUAGAUAAAAUGAACGAUUCAUUGUACUCAUUAGUAAAAAGUAAAAUGAGUCUUGCAGCGUUUAAGGAUAUAUAUUUCAGUGUUUUAUUGCAAUCUCCUGCGGAAGAUGUUCAAUAUUUUAAGAAACACUGGGAAACUAUACCGCAAAAGAAAAGAUUUCUUUCGAUAGAGGAUGGUAUGAAAAAAAUGAAGAACUUAAGAUUUGCUUAUCACGCGGAGCCCGAUAAUGUUUAUCCACUUAUAGAUCGUAAUUUUGAUAAACAAAUGAUUUGUCAGCUUACCGAAGUACAUUUACUUCGUCCUUGUUCGCUAGGUUUAUGGUCAACUCAACAUAGUCCGUUUCAAGAAAUAACAAAAAUAGGUAUUCUUAAGAUAUCCACUUCGGGGAUUCGGAAGCGAGAAGUGUCACGUUGGAGUUACAAGAAACCUUAUUGCAACAAAGAUAAAUAUCAUGUAUCUAGUGUAACUAUUCAUGAAGCGACACCAGUUAUACUUGUUUUAUGUUUUGGCAUCAUUUUAUCAGCUAUUAUUUGUUUCAUAGAAAAUGUAGUUUUCCGCAAAUCAAGCACAAAACAGGAACAGGUAAAAAAAUCUGGAAGUCGAUUAAAAAAGCGUAACCAAAAAAAUGUUCUACCAGGGAUUAAAACUACGGUAAAGACAAAAGUACCUAUUCGUGUAAUUAACAAAAAAAAAUUUUUAUCUAAUAAAUAA